AUGGGAGCGCCGCACCUGUCCUUCGCCGCUCAGCAUCGUCCCCUGUCCGCGGCGCGGGCUUCCAAAGCAGCUGAGGACAGAACCUUAAGGAAUGCCAUGCAGUAAGUGCUAAACAAACUGGCACAGAAAGGAUCAAAAAAGAUGGCAGUCUGUAUUUGAAACAAUUAAACAUACGGACUCUCACUGAUAAGAAAUCAUGUCCAAAAAAGGACGUAGCAAAGGCGAAAAGCCUGAGGCACUGAUUGUAGCCCUACAGGCUGCCAAUGAGGAACUCAGGACCAAGCUAACGGACAUCCAAAUUGAGCUGCAUCAGGAGAAAUCUAAGAUUGCUAAACUUGAAAGAGAGAAGACUCAAGAAACAAAGCGUAUCCGUGAAGUGGAGCAGCGCAAGCAAACUGUGCAAAUCACAGAGCUAAAAGCCAAACUCCAUGAGGAGAAAAUGAAGGAGCUGCAGGCUGUGAGGGAGAACCUCAUCAAACAGCAUGAGCAGGAGAUGACACGAAUGGUGAAAGUCCGAGACAGUGAAAUCCAGCGUCUCAAGUCAGCAUUGUGUGCCCUGCGGGAUGGCAGCAGCGAUAAAGUAAGGACAGCCCUGACUAUUGAGGCUCGUGAAGAGGCCAGAAAACAGUUUGACUCUGAGCGCCUUAAGCUUCUGCAGGAAAUUACUGAACUUAAGUCUGCCAAAAAGCAGGUAGAUGAGGCCUUGAACAAUAUGAUCCAAGCUGACAAGAUCAAAGCAGGUGAUCUUCGAAGUGAGCACCAGUCCCACCAGGAAGCCAUUUCUAAGAUCAAGUGGGAGAGCGAGAGGGAUAUUCGCCGCCUGAUGGAUGAGAUCAAGGCUAAAGAUAGGAUCAUAUUUUCCUUGGAGAAAGAAUUGGAGACACAAACAGGCUAUGUGCAGAAACUGCAGCUGCAGAAAGAAGCUCUGGAUGAACAGCUUUUCCUGGUGAAAGAGGCAGAGUGUAACAUGAGCAGUCCCAAGAGGGAGAUCCCAGGAAGGGCCGGAGAUGGCUCAGAGCACUGCAGCAGCCCUGACUUGCGCAGGAACCAGAAGAGGAUAGCUGAGUUGAAUGCAACCAUCCGGAAACUGGAGGACAGGAACACGUUGUUGGUUGAUGAACGAAAUGAACUGCUGAAGCGUGUCCGAGAAGCUGAAAAACAAUGUAAACCUCUCCUGGAGAAGAACAAGUGCCUCACAAAGAGAAAUGAUGAACUGAUGCAGUCUUUGCAGCGCAUAGAAGAUAAACUCAAAGCAGUCACUAAAGAAAACAUAGAAAUGAGAGAAAAAAUGACAUCGCAUCCUCCACUAAAGAAACUAAAAUCUCUCAAUGACCUGGAUCAGGCUAAUGAAGAACAAGAAACGGAAUUUUUAAAGCUUCAGGUCAUAGAACAACAGAACAUAAUUGAUGAGUUAACAAGGGACAGGGAGAAACUCAUUCGUCGCAGAAGGAGUAAAAGGAGUUCAAAGCCAAUUAAGAGACACGUGAUAGACACAGUUUUGGGGUAUGAUGAUGAUUCCAUGGACUCUGAAACAUCCUCAGUGGCCUCAUACAGAACAGACAGAACACCAGCAACUCCGGAUGAUGAUCUGGAUGAGAGUUUAGCUGCAGAAGAAUCAGAGCUGCGGUUUCGACAGUUGACAAAGGAAUAUCAGGCCCUGCAGAGAGCUUAUGCACUACUGCAAGAGCAAACAGGAGGCGUCAUAGAUGCUGAAAGAGAAGCCAAGGCUCAGGAGCAGCUCCAAGCAGAAGUCCAGAGAUACAAAGCCAAAAUAGAAGAUUUGGAGAAAACUUUAGCACAAAAAGGACAGGACUCCCAUUGGGUGGAAGACAAACAGCUUUUCAUUAAGAGGAACCAAGAGCUUUUAGACAAGAUAGAAAAACUGGAAGCAGAAAACAACCGUCUGCAACAGGAGCUACAGGAUGCCCGGGACCAGAAUGAGCUGCUGGAGUUCCGCAACCUGGAGCUGGAGGAAAGAGAGAGACGGUCCCCACCAUUUAAUCUUCAAAUUCACCCAUUCUCAGACGGUGUGAGCGCUCUACAGAUAUACUGCAUGAAGGAAGGGGUGAAGGAUGUCAGCAUCCCAGACCUCAUAAAACAAUUAGACAUCCUAGGUGAUAAUGGGAAUUUAAGAAAUGAGGAGCAAGUGGCUAUAAUUCAGGCUUCCACUGUGUUGUCUUUGGCAGAAAAGUGGAUUCAGCAGAUUGAGGGAGCUGAGGCUGCUCUGCACCAGAAGAUGAUGGAACUGGAGAGCGAUAUGGAGCAAUUUUGCAAAAUAAAAGGUUAUUUGGAGGAAGAACUAGACUACAGGAAGCAAGCUCUUGACCAGGCAUACAUGAGGAUCCAGGAGCUUGAGGCCACCUUGUACAAUGCUUUGCAGCAAGAAACGGUGAUAAAGUUUGGAGAACUGCUCACUGAAAAACAGCAGGAAGAGCUCAGGACAGCAGUAGAAAAGCUAAGACGCCAGAUGCUGAGGAAAAGCAGAGAAUAUGAUUGCCAGAUUCUUCAGGAGAGGAUGGAGCUGCUCCAGCAGGCUCAUCAGAGGAUCCGAGAUUUAGAAGACAAAACUGACAUCCAAAAGAGACAAAUUAAGGAUCUGGAGGAAAAGAUGAAGCAACUGAGGCACAAAGCAGUGAAGUAACUUGCACAACAACUCAGUAGGGCAGAAGCUAUUCCUCGGCCGUAGCAGGAAUGAAGUUCAUCUAGUGCAGAGGAUGCCUGCCCCUCAAAUGUUUUGGAGCUGGAAUAGAUUUUACUCAUUAAUGUCCAACACUGGGUUCUGUUUGUCAGAGACUGAGAAGAUCCUCAUUUCAUGCAUGUCUGGAAUUUCUGUUGAGCCCUCCAUUAAAGGUUAGCAGCUACCAGCAACUUUCUGCUCCUUAAAAUUAAUUUAAAUUGCGAAAUGAAUGGAGCUGCGUGAAGCAGUCCGUUUUAGUCAAGGGGUUUACUGAAUUCUGCACUAGCUAUAUGUUGUUUGGCCCCAUUUUACUUUAUUUUUUUGUAACAGGCUUGUAGGCAGGUAUGUUACAUGAAUGCUGGUAUGUUUGCAUGCUCUGUGUUGCAGAAGAAUCUAUGGAUAAGGUUGGCCCAAACCUAUCACCUGUGCUUUCCAAGGGUGCUGCUGCCAAUUCAUCAUGAAACUUUGGAGUCAGGCCCUUUGAGAGCCUCCUCCCACAUUUGUGACACAUUGGGAUCACUUCACAAUUUCUUAAGUGCAAAAAGUUGUUUUUUCCUGUCUGGUUAUUCCUUCUUCCCAUUUCUACCAUUCUCUGCUGGAGCACAAGUUUGUUUCGUAUUUGGCUGCAGUAGUAUGUGGGAAGUAAAUGCAGCCUGGAAACUUUUCCUUAGACGUUAUAAUGCCAGGCUUGUCUUUAAGAAGCAUGAGUACAGCAUGUGUUUUCCAUGGUGGUGCAGUAACUUCCAUCUCUGCUUUAGUUUAAAAAAAAAAAAAAAACUGGAAAUGUGUGUUACAGACAAUCACAGGGCAGAAGCAUAGCAGAUAACACUGUCUGGUUUUAGAACAUGCCUUGCUGAUUUUGUGACAGGCUUCAUUAUUUAGGCCCUAUGACCUGUGCUGCGCACAUCUUGUGCUCAUUUCUCUUGCCUGAUUUCCCCUCCCUUACUCUUUCUUGUUAUAUGCAUGUAGGUGCUGUAUUUCCAAGGGCUGAGG